UCAUUGUAAAUACAUGUUUUGACAGCAGUUUCCUUGAAGCACAGUGUUGUUUGUUGGCUUUGAAUGUACAAAUAUGGCGAAGAAUUGUUGUUAAAAUGUUUCGAAUUCAUCACUCCAUCUCAAGUGGGAAGUCAAUUUGAACAACCAACAAGACACCCUGCUCAAAACCAUAGAUCAAAAAUAUUUGGACCAUUCUGAGACCAACCAAACAUUCAUCAGAGAGACCAUGAUCGAUGCAGAAAUGAUUGAUAUUACCGACGAUUUGGAAAAUUGGAUGGGUAAACUGCCUCCCGAGUUACGAGCAGUACCAAUCAUCAAUUUAGCCAUACCAGGUUCUCAUGACGCCAUGUCCUAUGGCAUUAGAGACAAAGCACCAGUAGCACCUGAUGCAGACCCUAUCGUAGAAACAUUGAACAAAGUGAUUCCGUGUGUGGUGAAACGGUGGGCCGUUACACAGCGGUAUGAUAUCGUGGAACAAUUGCAGAGUGGCGUACGAUACUUCGAUCUAAGAAUUUGUAUGAAAAGACCAGAGAACAAAUUCUAUUUCGUUCAUGGAUUAUAUUGCGAUGAAAUCACGGAACCUUUGGAACAGCUGAAACAAUUUCUCCGUACCCAUCCGAAAGAAUUUGUUGUACUUGAUUGCCAGCAUUUCUACCUUUUUAAUCCAACUGAUCACUGCAUGCUUUCGGCAGAACUAAACCGUAUUUUCGAGAAGAAAAUCUACUCACGCAACGUUAACCAACUGCAGGACUGCACAUUAGAAUCAGCUACGGCAAAUGGGCAGCAGAUUCUAAUCGUAUAUAGGAGUGAUGCAUGUGUCAAUGAUCGAUUCUGGCUCAACCAAGACUGGCCAACGCCGUGGCCUAAUGAGAUUAAUGUUAAAAAAUUACGCCAAUAUCUUGAUGAAUCACUCGUUCAUCGCAGCCCAGAUACCGGUUACGUUUCCCAAUGUGUGUUGACCCCGGACAUCCAAUACAUAGUACCAAGAUUCAUGUCUUCAUUGCGAACAACGUGUGCCAAAGUUGUGGAGAAAAAAAUGAUCGACUGGAUUAAAUUACAAACUCCAGGGCCGUUCACUGUUGACGAGAAACCUAGAUCAAACGUAUUCCUUGCGGAUUUCAUUGAUAUCGAGAACAGCAAUUUCUGUAAAGUAGUUGUGGGGUUGAAUAAGAAAAUUCUUGAACAAAACAGUAGCAAGCAAGGUUCUCCUUCUAAAAGCGACGAUUAAAUAGUUUUCAGAUAGGUUCUAAUGAAAAAAGACAAUCGGCAAUGCCUUAUUCAAACUAUGUUUACAUUGAAUCAGAUUGCAUGGUAUGUCAUUCCAAGUUGUAAAAAUAUUUGUAAAUUUGUACUCAUCAUGUACACAUCUGUGGAAAAACACCUACAACUUAGCACAAGCACAAUUUUUCUGUAGGUAUGUAAUUAUAUAAUAGUUUUCGUUUCUGAUUAGAAACUCAGUGCUCAAUCCUAUGUAGACUCUUACUGUCCAACUUUUCAUCUGAUUGAAAUUAAGUAUUCAAGAAAUCCAAUUUCUGUUUUCUCUAUGACAUACAAUGUCAAUUUUAUUUACCGUAAAAGGUGCUAAACCUUGUCAAAAUUAUCAUUUUCAUUUCUUAUAGCGAUGCGAGUUUUCAUCUUAAUAAAAUAGGACCACACAUAUGUCAGCUACUCGGAGGAGUACACUUGAUCGACCUUGAAGUAUUAUAACUUCGUUAGAUAUUAUCUAAACUUUUAGUUGAAAGAAAAACUUGACAGUUUCUUUAUUCAAUUCUAUAGUAUAAUUAUUUAACCUAUUCGUCUAUGAAUUGAAUAUAUGCGUACUGUUCAUCCAAAUGGUCUACUGUUAAUAUGCAAACUUGUGAUACUAAAAUAGUAUAUACAAAUAAUUGUUUUUUUUCAAAAAUGAACAUAAUUUAUUCAUUCAUAGAACUGAAACUGUAGCGAAUUACUGACAAGAUUUGCAUACAAUCAGACAAAUUUUACUAUGAUAUCGGACUAAACUUAGAAUUAAACAAAGAUUAAAAACGUAAAAAAGUUAGUAAUGAUAAUGAUUUGAAUGAUAAUGUCUCUACCGUCCGAUCAGUAUUAAACCUUGAAUUGUAAGAAAUUGAAACAAACAAAAAUAUAAAAUACUAAAUUAGGUCUAAUCUAAUUUCCACUUCAAAUCUACGGUUAUUAAAGUUCAAACACAUGGGUGUGAUAAUGGAAUGUUGAUGUGCAACACAAAUGUAUUACUGUUUUAAUGUGGACCGUUCAAAGCGAGAUAUAACUCACAAAAUUCACAAUUGACGAUAGACAGCAAAACGAAUUUUUGUGAAUAAACAUUUUUCGUGAUUGAUUCAUUUCAAAUAUCUGGUGAAAA